AAAGUGCUUGGGUAUGCAGACGAUGCCCUUUUCUUUCUCUCCUGCCCCGACGAUUUCCACCGACUACAAAAUACUUUAACCUUGUACAGCCGGGCCUCCAAUGCCAAAAUCAAUUACCACAAGACAGAAGCUAUCUCCCUGAGCGGCAUGCGUCAGGACACCUGGCAGACCCUCCUCCAGUCUGCAGGGAUCGAUGCGUGGCACGAUUACCGUUCCUUAUCUGCCGUUCGCUACCUUGGAUAUCCCCUGGCCUCCACCAGUGCUCAAAUAUCAGCUUACCUCGACGGCCUCCUGGUCAAGGUCCGUACAGCUUGUGAUAUCCACUCACAACGUGGCCUGUCUGUUCAAGGCCGCAGCACGGUUGUCAACACUCUCAUUCUGUCCAAAAUCUGGCAUGUCUUAUGUGUCACUCCCGUCCCCCAGUCGUUUCAUCAACGUUUACGUAGUUUAGUCACCAAAUUUCUCAUGUACCACAUGUUCCCUCCAGUACGGUAUACAACUCUCACAUUUCCAAAAUCUAUAGGUGGCCUCGGGGUUCUGGAUUCAAGACUACAACAACAGGCUUUGCAGAUUAAAUGGCUUUCUACACUUUUUGACACUUCAUCCUCUCCAUCUUUUCUAUCUUGCUUUCUCUCUUAUUUCCUGACUUCUACCUCUGGUUGUGAUGAUUCCCUUUUCCCUUUACUCUUUCCCUCUAUGCGUACACCUUUACUUCGUUCAAUGCGGACCUUAGCACCUUUAUUCUCAGCUAUUGAUGAACUGGAUUCCCAACCUCUGUCAACUGAUCCAUCCAUGGCAACAUGCCUCUCGCUACCUCUCUCAUUCGUAGUCCAGGCAGAUGACCGUUCCGACUUUGUUCCAAAACGACGGCUCUCUUCUCUUCGUGUAUCCGAUGCGUUCGUCUUUGACCCCACCAUCAACCGUCUCCGCUUCCGUUCUCCUGACGAGCUGAUGACUGGCCGCGGGUCAAUUCGACAUCUGUUUCGAGCUCUGGACUCUCGCUCCGCCAAAAUUGCGUCGUUUAUGAUGCGAGCUCUGCUACCAAAUGCUCCGGUGCUCGAGUCUGCUGACUCCUAUUGUGGUCGAGUCGACCUACAGCCUUUCUAUGAUUGCCUUCGAAUCAAUAACGUCCCUCUCGAUUCUUGCAGUACUCGCGCGUACCGCCUCGCUCGCCAACAGCCAGCCAUCGCUCUUGCUGCUGCUGACAGUACCUACCCGGUACUUACCAAAGCCAAAUGGCGCCGCUUUUGGACAGCCCGUAUCAUCCCUGCCGCUCGAACGAUCUGGUGGCGGGCUCUUCAUAACAAGGUAUCCUGUCGUGCCGCUCUACAUCACAUUUUACCUGAUCGUUUUGAUAGUCCACUGUGUGCUCUUGGUGACCUCGCGUUGGAUUCGGUCGAUCACUUUUUGUUUGCUUGCUCGCUCAAAUGGGAAGUCUGGUCCCAAGUCCUCGAAGAUUGCCUACUCGUCUCGGUGUCUCCGGACACUAUUUCCAAAGCCAUUUUUUCGCUUGACCUUCCAUCCUGGCCUAUAAGGAACUCUCCGCUCUCUGAGGUCCAACUUAUAGCAGGUGUUCUGCUUGGCGUCUGGCGCGCGCAUUGGUCAUUUAUUUUUUCCGCCGUUCCUUUC